CGGAGACACCUCGCAAACGCCAACUCAGAUACACUUCUGGUCACUGAACCACAUACCACAAUGCCUGUCCCAUGGGAAGCUCUCAUUCCGUUCGGCCUGCUCACUUCGAUGUUUGCAGCGGCCGGAACGCUCUUGAAUACUUCCAAGAGGGCUCAGAAUCAGGGCAAGCCUGUUCGAUACCACGUCGACACUUGGGACGAGAUGAUGAUGGACCGUGAUAGGCGUCUAACGGGACACAUACGUGGACAAAGUGUAUGUGCCGUCCCUUCGUUGACAUUCGCACUUACAUAGUAUGCACUUUUCUAGUCAAAUCCGGUGCCUCCAGAAGGUUUCGAGACGAGCAGUGCUUGGUACACGGAAGCUACAUCAUGAUACCUCAUACCUUGGUACUGUGAAUGAAAUUGUUCUUUAGAUGCGGCACUACACUUGUCAGACAACCGGCUUGCGGUAGGGCCAGUUCUUGAAGAAUAAGGAAAAGACUGAGAGCACAAGAAGCAUAUUUAUCAUGUUUCCACGUUUGAAUACCCAAUUCUCGUGUG